UAAAUACUCACUCAUAAUUGUUACCAAAUAAAACUUUUUUCGUACACAUCUUCAUUUCGUUCAACAUAUCUUAUGGAUGGAAAUUCAGGUCAAAUCAAAAUUUGGUUACGAAGUACCAGAUACAAGGAAAAGUGUUCCUCAUAUUUAUUCGGCUUUAAAUGAAAAUUCUAACGGAGUAUAUACUUAUAUUGAACCAAAAAUAAUCAUCAGUUCAAAACGGAAAUGGAAGAAAAAGCUACACCUUUGUGUUACAUUGUUUCUUGGGUUAUUUAUAGGAAUUGGUUUAACAAUAGCUGGAUUCUUAAUAUUUGGAUCUUCUAGUCCUACACCACCUAGUAUUAAUCAUUAUGACAAUUUUGAAUCACCUUCAGGUAACAAAACCUUUACAACACCGGAAAAGUACGAGUUUAGAAUGGUGAGAUGUGAAAUAGGAAACCUUCCUUUCAAACAGAAUUUCCUCUCAUUCAGUGUCAAAGCCUGCUCAGAUGUUUAUCUUGUCUUGACAUCAGAAUAUGACGAUGAAGGUCCGUUAAUAGAAAUUGCAAUUGGACUAAAUGGCAACACAAGGUCUGCCAUUCGAACUGAAAAACGCGGGACAAAUAUCGUGACCUUCACAAGGUCAUUCCUAAAUUGCAGAAGAUUUACUCGAUUCUGGGUCAGUUGGAAAAACCAGAUAAUUCAAGUCGGAAUGGGACUCAAAGAAAAUAACAGAGAGUUUAUGAUGAUGAUGGAUGAUCGAAAAUUAAAAAUCGUCAAUAUUGGAAUAAGCACCGGACGAGGGACAACGGGUGAUUGGUUAUUUGUGAAACAUUAAACAGUUUGUUUUAUUAAAAGGCUGGUUAAAAUAUCCAGA